AUGGCGGCGGCGCCAUCCGGCAGCAGGACCAGGAUGGUCACGCUCAUCAGCAAGGGCGGCAGGCACUUCAAGAUGCCGGAGGCCGUGGCGUCGGUGUCCUCAAGGACCUGCAAGGAAGCGCUCGACUACAUCGAAUAUAGAGGCGACAACACCCUGACGAUCAAGCUCCUGGACGUCGACCCCAGGCCGGUCUCCAUGCUCGUCAACUUCUGCAACCACAUGGCCGCGGCGGCUGGCGACGACGACGCGGCGGCGGCGCAGAGGAUGAGAGAGUGGGAAGAAAGGUUCCUCGGAGACGACGACGUCGACCAGGCGCUGCUGUACGACCUGCUCUCCGCGGCGAUCUCCAUCCAGGCCGACGGGCUCAUCGACCUCGUCUGCAAGAGGGUCGCCCACAUGAUCAAGGGGAAGACGCCCCAAGAGAUCCGCGCCCUCUUGGGCAUCCAAGAUGACCUCACGCCCGACCAGCGAGACGAGAUCCGCACGGACAACUCCUGGAUAGAUAUAUGA